AUGGAGAAUUACUUAACUUGGUUUUUUUUACUCUCAAUAAUCAUUUGUAUUAUGAUACAAAUGAAUUAUCUCAAUAAGGCACUUGAUUUAUUUAAUACAGCAAUUGUUACUCCAAUUUAUUACGUUGGUUUUACUAGUUUUGUGUUAAUAACUACUAGUAUUCUAUUUGAUGAAUGGAAACACAUGAAUAUACAAAAUUUUAUUUGUAAUUUAUGCGGGUUAUUUGUUAUUAUCAUAGCAAUAUUCUUAUUAAAUGCAUUUAAAGAUUUAAAUAUCACUUAUAAUAACAUUAAGCAAUUGUCUAUAAAUAAUUCAAAUUUUCAACGUGAUUGUAACUCAUCCGGUGAUUUUAAUAAUUUUGACAAUGAUAAUAAUGUGCUGGAAUUGAAUGAAGAAAGAGGAGCAAAAGGACCGUUGAAAAUGACGACCAAGACUUGGAAGAAGGGUUGCCAUUACUCUAAUAUACAAGAGAAUACCACCACUACAAAAUACACCUCCUUUACUCCCUUAGACUUACUACUUGCUCGAUCUGCAAGUACUUUUCACAGAGAAUUAUUCAACUACCGGGAAACUAAAGCCAAGCCAAUAGAAGCAGUAGUUAAUUAA